AUGUUUAGGAGUUGGGUCAUUUUUGUUUGUGGUUUGAUUCUGGUGGCUUUUCCAGCAAUAACGGAAGCGGAUCUGUGCAAUGGAAACGCGACGAAAAGUGCAGAACAGAACCUGUUGAGAUGUUUGCGGUCCAGAGGCGAUAAUACGUUUCCACCGAUCACCAAGAAGAAUGGCUAUCGCGUACCAACUGUCGUCCAAGUCGAUCCUACUGGAUACAUCAUCAUGAAUGUGAAUGACAAAGAAAACUUUAUUGAAGCCUCACUCUACCUAGAUCUGAUUUGGACUGACACGAGGUUAUCUUGGGAACCGACCCUCUACAAUGGGAUCAAGGAAGUCCUUUUGCCCGCCAGAAAUAUGUGGUUUCCGGAGCCAAACUUUUACCUCGGGGGUGUCUCUUCCGGCAAGACGGUGGUGAAGGGCCGAGGAAUCCACACCUACCGAGCCAAAGUCAACUACAACGGCACCGUUCAAUGGCCCCUAUACAUCGAAUAUCAAGGGCACUGUCUGGUUGACUUCACAACUUUCCCUGAAGACAGCCAGAACUGCGAAGCGAAGAUGUUUUUCCAUCCUGAUGACGAAACCCAGGUAACGUACAACGUAUCUAAGGAUUUAUUUGCCCUUUCAAUGGCUCCAGAAUGGAAAUAUUUGGUAUUUUCCACCGGUACAAAAGAAAGGUACAGUUUGAGGUUCGUGACAAACAUGUCUAGAAGAUCGCUGAUCUAUAGGCAGUCUCUCAUUAUUCCUCUCAUCUUAAUCGCCAUCUUGUGUCUGCUAAUGUUCUGGGCGUCCGAAAGCUGCCCAUAUUUGGUUAUAAUCAUAACUAUAAUUACACUGAGGUGCUUGGUGCUGGAGAUGGUUUUCCUCUCCUUCCUUAUAGUCGUAUCCAUCUUCACCUACCUAGCCUACCACCAUGAUCCUAGAAAUCCGCUUCCUGGUCUUGUCAGAACUGUCAGGCUCCUACUCAACCCAUUCAUCAAAAUGUUGACCUUCGUCGGGGGCACAAGUCCCGCGGACACCCAACAACUACCCACUCACGCCGAAAACAACUACAACGCAGCAGCAGCGGCGUCAAUCGCGACUACAACAACCGCAAAGCCAUUCAAAUCGGCCGUCGAUCAAACCCUUCUUUCUCUAUAUGAAUACUUCUCAGAAAUGCGGGAGAGUAAAUUUGAACCCGAGACCAGCCAGCUACUGAACAACGAGUGGAAACAAGUGGCUGUGGUCAGCGAGAGGCUCCUGUUCUACUGUGCUGUCGCCGCCUUUUUCAUCGUCUCGGUGGUCGUCCCCAUCGAAGUCUUCGAACAUCAGUUUGAUCUGGCGGGAGAUUACUGA